AAAGUAUGUAUUGUUUGCCUCGCGAAGGCCCGUCUUAUCCUGACGAGAGUUUCUAGUGCAUUGGCUCAAGGCCAUACACAGCCUGUAGGUCGGAAGGGGUCCAGUGCCUCUCGCCAUCCACAUUUUGGAUAGACUCAGUUCUUGUUCGAAUUCACCGGACUGCUACCCGAAUACUGCCCCGGAAUUUAGUAUUAAGCCGCUCUCACCACUAUGAGCGUGCUUUUUCAUUUGCCGUUGGACUGUCUCCCGUCUUACGGCUUUCUUAUCAAUACGCUAACCUCCAUUCGCAAAUAUACUAUUAUUAAAGAUACCGUCUCCAUUCUAGGUGGGUUUUAUGCCGCUCAAAAUCCACAUCUGUUGACUAUGACCAAAGCCAAAGAAGGACAACGCUAUGAAGGCUUGUCCGUAUCUCGAACGCUAUGGGAGGCUCUUUGCUUAGAAAGAAACCUAGCGAUCGAGUUAUCCCCCAAGCAUUAUGGGUUAGGUUCGAGAGAAUGCCAUCUGUUAAUUCACGCUCAAGCUUCAUGUGCACGGGUUGAGGGUUAACUUCGCAAUUAUUUCGUACAGGACAUGGGAUUGUAGGCACAAUUACAAUGGUG